CACCUCUUCCCUUGUCUUUGUCCUUAAUUCAUGCAUCCAUCCAAACAACGCCUUAUUCUCUCUCUUCAUAACAACGCAUUACCUUAGCUACCUUCUAUAAAACAAAACCUCUUUCAUUUGCAUCACAUCUCAUAAUCUCAUUCUUCGUUUCAUUCAGGAUUUUUGUGAAGAUGGCAACAUCAGCAUCCGCAUAUGAGAAUGAUAUCAAGAACCUUAAGGCAACAGAACUCACAUUGGGUUUGCCAGGGACUCAUCUUCAAGAGAAUAUACCUAUUAUUGAUCAAGAAAAAUCAUCAGCAUCAUCAUCAUCAAACAAGAGGCCAUUGCAAUUGCCUCAUGAAGAAACUUCUCCUGCUCAGGACUGUGGAUCCAAGUGCUCUAAUAUUGCUAAGAACACUGAUGAUGAUGCUGCACCCCCUCCUUCCAAGGCAAAGAUAGUGGGGUGGCCACCAAUCAGAUCAUACAGGAAGAACAGCCUUCAGGAACAAUCUGAGGCUGCAGGUGGGAUCUAUGUGAAGGUGAGCAUGGAUGGAGCACCUUACCUCAGAAAGAUUGAUUUGAAGAUCUAUGGAGGCUAUCCACAACUCCUCAAAUCCCUUGAAAACAUGUUCAAGUUGACUAUAGGUGAGUACUCUGAAAAGGAAGGGUAUAAGGGAUCUGAUUAUGCACCAACAUAUGAAGACAAGGAUGGUGACUGGAUGCUAGUUGGAGAUGUUCCUUGGGACAUGUUUGUGACUUCGUGUAAGAGGCUAAGAAUCAUGAAAGGAUCUGAAGCCAGAGGUUGGGUUGUGCUGUAUGAUCAGAAAAAAUCACAGAAGGAAGGUGUUUUUGGGUGUGAAGGGAAAUAGAAAGAAAAAAAGGCAUG